CGCGAAGCAGGUAGGAGCAGCAGCAGGAGGAGGAGGCCAUGGCUGGACAGGACUGACGUGGAAAGUGUAAAGAGUGAGUAACAGAAACUUCGGGGAGAAAUAAGUCUUAAAAAGCCGAGUCCACUGCCUCUCUUCCCGGUCCUCGGCACCAUGAGUCUGGACAAAGCCGAGCUGUGUGACUCUCUGCUAACCUGGUUGCAGACAUUCCAGGUUCCAUCAUGCAGCAGCAAGCAGGACCUGAUGAGUGGAACAGCCAUUGCACACGUGCUGCACCAUAUAGACCCCUCCUGGUUUAAUGAGACGUGGCUCGGCAGGAUCAAAGAGGAGAGCGGGGCCAACUGGCGCCUGAAGGUCAGCAACUUGAAGAAGAUUCUCAAGAGCAUGAUGGAGUAUUAUCACGAUGUGCUCGGCCACCAGGUGUCCGAGGUGCACAUGCCAGACGUGAACCUGAUCGGGGAGAUGGGAGACGUCACGGAGCUGGGGAAGCUGGUGCAGCUCGUGUUGGGGUGCGCGGUCAGCUGUGAGAAGAAAGAAGAACAAAUCCAGCAGAUAAUGACUCUGGAGGAAUCCGUCCAACACGUCGUGAUGACUGCCAUUCAGGAGCUGUUAGCAAAGGACCCUUCAUCAGUACCAGGAAGUCCGGAGACCUAUGGGGACUUUGACUACCAGUCCAGGAAGUAUUAUUUUCUCAGUGAGGAGGCGGACGAGAAGCAGGAUAUGAGCCAGCGCUGUCGGGACCUGCAACAUCAGUUGUCGGUGGCUCUGGAGGAGAAGUCAUCCCUCCAGGCGGAGACGCGCUCCCUGAAGGAGAGGCUGCUUCUCUGCGACACCGUGGACGACUCGACCACCGCCAUCACCGGCAAGAAGCUGCUGCUGCUGCAGAGUCAGAUGGAGCAGCUGCAGGAGGAGAACUACAGACUGGAGAACAGCAGAGAUGAUGUCAGAGUGCGUUCAGACAUCCUGGAGCGCGAGGUGACCGACCUGCAGCAACGCAACGAGGAGCUGACCAGCCUGGCGCAGGAAGCCCAGUCGCUCAAAGACGAGAUGGACAUCCUCAGGCACUCGUCGGACCGGGUGAACCAGCUGGAGUCUCUGGUGGAGACGUACAAGAGGAAGCUGGAGGACCUGGGCGAUCUGCGCAGACAGGUGCGCCUCCUGGAGGAGAGGAACAACGUCUACAUGCAGCGCACCUGCGAGCUGGAGGAGGAGCUGCGCCGCGCCAACGCCGUCCGCAAUCAGCUGGACACCUACAAGAGACAGGCCCACGAGCUUCACACCAAGCACUCCGCAGAGGCCAUAAAGGCUGAGAAGUGGCAGUUCGAGUACAAGAACCUCCACGACAAGUACGACGCACUGCUGAAGGAGAAGGAACGUCUGAUCUCGGAGAGAGACACACUGCGAGAGACGAAUGAUGAUCUCAGGUGUGCUCAGGUCCAGCAGAGAGGUCUCAGUGGAUCAGGGGGGCUGCGUGACAACGACGUCACCGUGGGAAACCUCGCUGCGGAGAUCCUCCCCACUGAGCUAAAGGAGACGGUGGUGCGUCUGCAGAGCGAGAACAAGAUGCUUUGUGUUCAGGAGGAGACGUACCGGCAGAGAGUGGUGGAGGUUCAGGCGGAGCUGGAGGAGGCUCAGCGCAGCAAAAACGCCCUGGAGACUCAGAACAGGUUGAACCAGCAGCAGAUCUCAGAGCUGCGCUCUCAGAUCGAGGAGCUUCAGAAAGCUCUGCACGAGCAGGACAGCAAAACUGAGGACUCGUCUUUACUGAAGAAAAAGCUGGAGGAGCAUCUGGAGAAGCUCCAUGAAGCUCACUCUGAUCUGCAGAAGAAAAAAGAGGUCAUCGACGAUCUGGAGCCCAAAGUGGACGGCAGCAUGGCGAAGAAGAUCGACGAGCUCCAGGAGAGUCUGCGGAAGAAGGACGAGGACAUGAAGCAGAUGGAGGAUCGAUACAAGCGCUACAUGGAUAAGGCGAGGACGGUAAUCAAAACCCUGGACCCGAAGCAGCAGCCGGUCCCGGGGGCUCCGGAUAUCCAGGCUCUGAAGAACCAGCUGACGGAGAAGGAGAGGAAGAUCCAGCACCUGGAGCACGACUACGAGAAGAGCCGAGUCCGACACGACCAGGAGGAGAAGCUCAUCAUCACCGCCUGGUACAACAUGGGCAUGGUGUUGCAUCAGGCGGUGUCGGGGGAGCACUUGGGUCCGUCUAACCAGGCGAUGUCCUUCCUCGCCCAGCAGAGACAGUCCACCAACGCCAAGAGAGGCCUCAUCCGACACCACCCGAGAUAAAACUAAAAGACUGACAGGAAGCCGGGAGGAGACUUCCCCUGAACUCCCUGUAACUUUGCCUUAAUUUCCUCUGGAUCUCUGCACCUCAGAGCAGGUUCUCAACGCUGCUGCUGCUGCUGCCCCCUGCUGGCUCUCCAUGGUACGAGGAGGAGUUCUCUGUGGAGCCCCGGAGGACACCGACUCCUAGAAACACAGAAAAAAAUGGAGUUUAAAGGCCUGAAAAAGAGGCUGACUCACCUUUUAGGGUGACUUUUAUUUCCCCUUUAGCCUCGUGGACUCUAUCCUGUUUCUUUAUGGUCUGUUUUAAAUCUUUUUUUUGUCUUUUAUGCUUUAAAAUAGGAUGAAAUGUGAACUAGUUUUGUGAAGGUUACAGUCGAAGUAUGUUAGGGUAGAGAGGAGUUGUUAGGGGGCUUUUACAAUGACUAUGAUGCGUGCUUAAAGAGAUAUUAAGCCACACACACCGGUACGUCUCCGUGGUUUUAUUUCCUUCAGUGCUUUUACUUUGUCGUGUUUAGAGUUCUUUUGUUUUAUUUUGAAGGUGCUUGAUAAGCUGUAAAGACCACGAGGUUGUGUUAACGGCUUUAGUCUUUUUUUUUUUACCCCUUUUUGGAUCCAUUUUCCCUCCUAAAUUCAUAAUAAGAAUUGGUUAAAAUGUUCACACAGAAACACCAAAGCACUUUCAUAUAUUUGUGAAGUGCCUCGCAGAAAAGAGAACUCCCUCUAUGGCUAAGACUGUAAAAGGAGACUUUAAAAUGUUCACACUAAUCAUUUUUCCUGCUAAUGUUCUCUGAAUAUUUUUUUUUGAUUCGCUUCCCCUCGUCCCAAAGAUGAAACAGGGUUUUUGUGGGUUUGGACCUUUAAUGCACUCACCACUUUAGCCUUUGUCUGCAAUUAAGCCCUGUUAUUUAGAGAAAUAAGCCCUACUCUGUUACUGGGAUACACUGGAGUCCAUUAUGAUGAAACACUAAUGAUAAUAAUGAUUAAGCUAACAGCUGUUUACCUCAUUUACAGUAAGAACUGGAGAAAUGUCGUCAUAAAUGCGCUGGAAAUCUUUCAAAGUGUGUCGACAGGAAGUCAGAGGCGGGUCUUAAACACUACGUCCGCCUUUUAUUUACUACCAUUUAAUUUUGACGUUUUCAACUCAUGUAGUCGUUGGAGUCCCAGAUCAGAGCUACGGUUUUACUCGAUCUACAUCCCUGUGAGUGUGUGUGCGAUGGACUACGUAGACCAGAGUCCUGCUGUGUUUUGAAAUGUUUCUCCUGCUGUUUCAGUUCAUAUUUAUGGUGUUAUGUCACUGUUUUGCUGCACAUUUGAAGGGGUUUUGGUUGUGUGUUUUGUUUGAAUCCUAUAAAGGUCUCGUAGAUUAAAGCAUACUUCACGCGGGGAUCUGAGAAGAAGAUCUGUAGUCCUGUCUGUUCUACUUUUGCACUACAAAUAAAUGGGAUCGUACGAUGAAGAAA